AUGAGAAGUAAUAGUAGUAGUAGAAAGGAUCCUUCAUCACCACCACACUUCCCCGAUCUCUCCCUCCACAUCAGCCUCCCCUCCACCGCCGCGGCGGUGGCCGACCUUUCCUACAGCGAGAGCAGCAGGAGUAGCGGUUCCACCACUACGGAUUCCGGCGGCAGCGAUUCCAGCCACGACCACAGCAAGAACACGGCUCCCGACGGCUUCCUCAGAUUGGGGACGCUCGACGGUCAUGUUCAUCAUCAUUAUUAUCACCAACAAAGCCAUCACUCGAUGCAUAUGAUGGGGGUUCGUUCCGCUUCUUACCACCACUAUCAGCCGCAAAUCUACGGCAGGGAUUUCAAGAGAAGCGGCGGUGGCGGUGGAAGGAGGAGCGUUAGAGCGCCGAGGAUGAGAUGGACCACCACCCUCCACGCUCACUUCGUUCACGCCGUCCAGCUCCUCGGCGGCCAUCAAAGAGCGACGCCGAAAUCGGUGUUAGAGCUGAUGAACGUGAGGGAUCUAACCCUAGCUCACGUCAAGAGCCACUUACAGAUGUAUAGAACGGUAACGGACAAAGGACUACCAGCAGGAGGAGAGAUGACAGAGAAAGACGAUGAUGAUCUGAACCAAAUUCCUGGCCAUGGAAUCAGUCAUUGCUGCAGUGAUCAUGAUAAUGGUGAACAAGACAUGAUCGAUGAAGUUGAUGUUAGAAACGGAACAACAACAAGAUGAGGAUACCGAAUCUGGAGCUGAGUCGCGGACUAGGUCGCUUUCUUUAAGACGUUCGCGGCACUGCCCUCGAUGCGCACGGCAGACUAUCAACCGGUCGUCUCCAGGAUAAAACAGCUCCUCUGUGUACUCGCGGUUUUGUGCGAAAACCGGAGCUCUCUGAACACUCUCUCUAUUGUGUUUAUGCUCGUUGUGGUGUGUUUAGAGGGGCUGGGGAGGCGGCUAUUUAUAGGAGCCGAACCCCUAGGAAUAUACCCUCUUGCUUGGGGAAUAAGUCGGAUUAAUUAAGGAAGAUAAUUACUUCCUUAAUUAAAACCGUCGGUUAGGAUAAAUCCUGCGGAGAUUAUCCUUCGAAUAUUCCUUUUCAAUCGAUUAUCCCUUGGAAUAUUCCUCAGAGUAACCGAUUAAUAAUUAAUU